AUGCAACGGCAAUCAAGAAAUUUAACUCGCGAUGAGUGUGCCCAAGUGGUUGUUUUAGUGCAAGAAGGUUGGAGUUACCGCAGAAUAGCUGAAAGGUUUGGUGUAUCCCAUACAUCCAUUUCUCGUAUGUUUCAACGGUACAUGGAGACUGGUGGCCAUACUAGGAGACCAGGUCAGGGUAGAAAUCGUGCUACGACUCCUGCUCAAGAUCGUUUUUUAAGACUUUUAACUUUGAGACAACGGUUUGUGACUACAAGAAUGUUGCAGUCUCAGUUGGAAAACGUAGAAGGGGUUCAAAUAAGUAUUGAAACCAUUCGACAACGACUUAGGAAAGAUAAUUUGCAACCCCGAAUUCCUGCACGAGGCCCGCUCUUAACCUUG